CAAUCAAUUUUUCACUUUGGUUAAGGGAAAAGCAAAGGUCACUCUAAUUGUCCGUUCCUGUAAUUGAAGAACACUUAAGCCUUAAGCCCUCGAGCAUUUCCGACCCUCUAGCUUAACCGAGCUAGACAGAAAGUAUUCCCAAAGUACGAGGUUGAGCGAUCUCAAUAUUCAGCUUUGCGAAUGAUCUAUCAACAACUCUCAUAAUAACAAAAAGCCGCGAACUGAGUGAACUCUAAUUCAAAAUAAGCCCAAGCUCCAUCCAACCGCGUUAUUCACUCGCCAUGAGGCGUUCCGGGGCUCCUUCGCAAGGUGGCUACCGACCCCCGGCCUUCAAAGUACCCCGUCCAGAGGGUGCUCCAGUUCUGACUCCACGAGCCGGUCCCACCACCAAUGUUCCCAGUUCCAAUCCACCCACUCCGGACCUCAAAUCCAAUGAAGGUGAACGCCAUUUCUCGGCCAUUUGGUGCAAAUGUUCGGCUCGUAAACACAAAAAAUGGGAAGACGAUGCGCUUCUCAUUGUACGGGCCGCUCAAAGAUUAGCCAUCUUAAAAGACACGAGCGGCAAGGAACUGGCGCGAGGAAGUGGCUUGUCCAUCCCUGAAUUGGCAAACCUGAAUACGGGUAAUUCCAUUACCUUUGGUGGGCGGGAAAUUGAAAUUUUGGAAGAAAUGACCGGAACGGCUUGUGAUAAGGGGAUACAGAGGGACGAAAUCGUUCCCAGAGAUGAAUCCGAUGCGGCACUUCCGUUCCAUCGACCUAAAGUCAUUUCUUCUACUGUCUUCAAACCCUUUACUGUACCCACCCGUUUUGGCACCACAUUUCAACCCAUGGGAAAUAAAGAGAAUUCUCGAAUUAGCAUCUUUAACAAAGAUAGUCAAGAUGCAUUGGUGAUGCCCCGACCUCCGUUUGAUUUCAAGCGGCAAUGUGAUGAGAUCGUAGAUGUUGUUGUCGAUCCGCACCUGUCCAAACACCUGAGACCACAUCAACGGCAAGGGGUCUCGUUUUUAUAUAGGUGUAUUAUGGGGUUCCAAGACCCCACUUGCCAUGGAGCCAUUUUGGCGGAUGAGAUGGGAUUGGGCAAGACAUUACAAACCAUAAGUCUCAUUUGGACCUUGAUGAAGCAAGGCCCAUUUGCUGGAAAACCGGUGAUUAAGCGCACCCUCAUUUUGGCGCCCAGUUCGUUGGUGAAGAAUUGGGAAGGCGAAUUUCAGAAAUGGUUGGGUCGUGAACGGAUUGAGACCUUUGCCGUGGAUGGGAGCAAUCGUGUUCAUGAGGCUUUCAAACGCGCCAGAUUGCCCGUACUCAUCAUGUCCUAUGAGAUGUUCAAUAAGAGCUUUGAAGACAUUCAACGGUUCCUUCAGUUUGACCUCAUUGUUUGCGAUGAAGGCCAUCGGUUGAAGAAUGACAAAAUCAAGGCUUCGACCUUCUUGGCCCAAGUGGAUUGUGAUCGGAGGAUCGUUCUCACUGGAACUCCGAUACAGAAUGAUCUCAAGGAGUUUUAUGCCAUAAUGUGCGUGGUCAACCCCAAUGUAGUGGGCACGAGCAAAACUUUCACAAGCAAAUUUGAAGAUCCCAUCGUGAAAAGCAAACAGCCCGAAGCUACUGAGGAACAACGCCAAAUUGGCCAAAGUGCACUCGAAGUCUUGACCGAUCUCACCAAUAGAUUCAUCUUGAGACGAACCCAAGACAUUAUCAGUAAGUAUCUGCCUUCCAAAACCGAGUUCGUCCUCUUCUGUCGGCCGAGUGCCAUUCAAAUCCGAAUGUAUCAAAACGCCCUCCACAGUCUGGGAAGCUCCUACCUUGUGGAUUCAUCAUGUGUACUCGGCAGCAUCCAAAAGCUGAGAAAAAUCUGCAACCAUCCCAGUAUGUGUGACAUAGCCCCUGAGCUGGAAGAAGACAUGGCUAAUCUCACAUUUGAGGAACAAGGAAGUAAAUUGGCGCUCGUUUCCCAUCUUCUGUACAAUCUACGAACUUUGGGUAGCGAGAAAAUUGUCAUCGUUUCGAUCUCAACCCAAGUGUUGGAUCUCAUGGGCGAACUCUGCACUCAUUAUGAUUACCCCUUCUUGCGAUUGGAUGGUUCAACAUCGACCAAUCAGAGACAAGUUGUAGUGAAUCGAUUCAAUGACAGACUUGGCAAAGACUUUGUUCUCCUUUUAAGUUCCAAAGCGGGUGGAACUGGUUUGAAUCUGAUUGGAGCCUCCAGGAUCCUUUUGUAUGAUAUGGAUUGGAAUCCUGCCCAUGAUAUUCAAGCCAUGGCCCGAGUUUGGCGUGAUGGACAGAAGCGCCCCGUGUUAGUCUACCGUUUGGCCACAUCUGGAACCAUUGAGGAGAAAAUAUUUCAGAGACAGAUCACUAAGCAAGGCCUUGGCGGUGGCUUGAUGGACGGGAAGAGCACUCAGUUUCAUUUUUCGCAAACUGAUCUGAAGGACUUAUUUUCCUUCCAACCUAAUGUCGAUUGUGAAACUCAUGAAUUGUUGGAUUGUGAUUGUGACGGGUCCGGCAAUAAUGUGGGAAGUGAACCACGCGUUAAAUCCGAAGUGGAAUUAAGAGAUUGUCAGAUAGGUGAAGCAAUCGAUCCCACAACAAUUGAUGACAAAGGGAUCAAAGGGCUUCUACAAUGGCAACACCUGCUACCUCCUAUUGGCCUCUUGGGCGACCAGGCUCUCGCUGAUAUUCCUGUCAUAAGUUAUGCCCUAAAGAACGAGUUUAAUCAAACCAUCGCAAGUGCGUAAAUACAAACAACCAGACCUUUACGAAAGCAAGUGCAUCAGAUGGUGUCUGAAACGUACGUGACUGAUUCAAUUGAAAAGAUGGAGUGGCCUCAGCCAUUUCCUGGCUCGUCCGACAGAUGGACUCGUCAUCGUCUUGGGAUUCGAGGUUUUUGCAUGGAAGUUUUUCUCCCAGUCAUUUCCUUCUCAGUGGGAGUUGGAACGGGGAAGAGGGGAGUCACGUCCCAGAAUGAAAGCCAUACGGCAUUGGCGAAGAAAUUUGGCGAUGUGCGUGCGCUUCUUAGCGAGUGAUUUGAAUAUUGACCUUUCUGGUUGGUUCAUAUAUUUUCGAAAUUGAUAAAAGUCGCCUCCUGCAAGUAACAAACUAAAGAUUAAGACAAUUUGUUUAAGCGUAAAUCAAAGAGAUACUAGCUCAAUCGUUAUUGUAAGUGUUACAUGUAUCGUGAUUCCUUUCCCUCCCUAUCGAGUUUUUUUAUCACAUAUAUUUCUUUUCGAGAAAUCUA